AUGACGGCCGACUCGCCGUCAUCAUGGCAAGACCGACAUGACACGAUACGCCAUGUGCUACAGUCCAGAAGGGUCAGGGCCGCACUUCGCGAUUUUCACAUCAGUCACACCGGCGUUGGUAGCGCUAGUUCGUCAUCUCUCGCAACCCUUCAAGAUGCAGAUGACGGCACCAGUCAUGGCGAGAUCAACCCGCAAACGCUCGGUAGACUGCUCGACAUUGGCUUGAUCGUAGCAUGGAGCGCCGACGGCCUGCCCUCCACCAAGGAUCCCAACCCAUUCAGAGCGGCAGCGACUCCGUCCCUACACAGUCUGCGCCAAGCCAGCUUGCAAGUCCAAGAUUUCAAGACCAUCAAGGUGCUCCAGAAGAGUGCGGGCAGUCUCGUCGAAGUGGUCAAAAAUCGCCUCGAUGGGCGCGUCUACGUUCUCAAGUCGCUCGUCAAGGGGUUUGCCCGACGAAAUGCUGCCAUCCAAACUCCCAUAAACGAGACCAAACUGCUUCAGCGCCAACCUGCCGAUGACAAUCCAUCCAACGACGAUCGAGCGCGUCUCCUCACGCCGCAGCUGCUUGCCUCUUUCCAAACCCAAAACUCGGUUCACGUGCUCAUGGAGUACGUUCCCAGCGGCGACUUUAGCGAGCUCCUCAUGGCUGCGAGCAACUGCGGCGCCGAGUAUCCUGGACGUGCGCCGACAGGACUCCUCACGGAAGAUUGGAUCUUGCGCUACAGUGUCGACAUGGUCCAGGCCAUCGCCUGGGUGCACGCACAGGGCUUUGCUCACAGAGAUAUCAAGCCAGGCAACUUCCUCUUGGAUCAGAGCGGUCACCUCAAGCUCUGCGACUUUUCCAGCGCAGCGCCCUUCAGCAAAUUUCAAAUCCAGCCAACAUCGGCCAGACAGAGCCACACGAGACGCCCCUCGUCAUCGACGGAGCGCAAGGUGUGGGCCUUCUAUUGCUCUCAGCCCACGGGCACCUGCGACUAUCUCUCCCCCGAAGUGCUCGAGGCAGAGGAGAACCGAGUGCUUGAGCGACAGCAGCAAUUGGAAAUGUCGAGCCUCGAUGACAUGCUCGGGCUGAAGCGCGCAAGCUCGACAUCCGGCUCCAAGAACGCAACUGCUGGUCCGGAAAAGGUGGCGGGCGCGUAUGGCCCAGAGGUCGACUGGUGGAGCUUCGGAGUCAUGAUCUACGAGAUGCGAUUCGGUGUCCUUCCCUUCUUUGCAAGCAGGAUGGAGGAGACCUACGAAAAGAUCAAAGAUCACGCAUCUUCCCUCGUCUUCGAUCGUUCGAUCGAAUGUUCGACGCCACUUAGCAGCUUGAUUCGCUGCCUUUUGACUUCAGCGGAUCGCCGCCUCGGUCGAGCUUCCUCUGUGCAAGUCCAGCAGCAUGCCUUCUACCGCAUUUCCAGCAUCGAUUGGUCCAAACAAUGGCCACUGCCACCUCCCUUUACACCGAAUGCCGAGGUCGUCAAUCUCUCCUCUGCGCACGCCGCAACGGCAGGAGAAGACCGCCUGCAAGGGCUCCCGACCAAUCCCAUCGCAGCUCGUCUACAGGAGAACUCCUUCUCCGUCGUGUCGAGCUUGCCAUCCUUUUCCGCGCUGUACGACGGCGACCCAGACGAUUUUCCAGCCUUCACCGACUCGCGAGAGCUCGAAUCAGAGUCCAUGCGCCAGCAGCAAGACUGGUGGGAAGGCGAAAGAGCACCAACUGACAACUCGGCGCACGAUGCAGCCAACGACAGCGCUGCUGUGCUGCCAGCGUCAACAUCAAUGGCGGAUGCGGGGCCAUCGGGCAUGUCAAGAUCCUCCUCGUCUCCCGCCGUGGUCUUGAGCACAUCUUCGCAAUCCCUGACCCUGCGAGACACAAGCUCCUACAUGAUUGGCGCCAACUCGCCACAUGUGUCUCGUUCCGCACCGCGAUGGUCAGACUGCGACGUCACAUUUGUUGGCUUCAGCUAUCUGCCACAACGAGAUGCCUUUACCUCUGCAGCAGCGCAAGGAGCCGUCUUGUCGGGUGAGAUGUCCACCGCCGUCAGCAUGGACGAUCUGGCAAACACGUCGGGAGCAUCUCCAAGCGGCUGGCCUGCAAGCACCCCAGUUGCAUCUACUCCCUUUCACAGGGCUGGUGGACAAUCCUCGCAGUCGCUCUCAAUGCUACCGACCCCUCCAUCGUUCGCACCGAGUCCGGCUGGGCCCGAAGCCGCCGUGUUGGAUCCGCAGGACGCCACUUCGAGUCAACACGCGAGUGCUCAUCCUAUCAGACCAUCUGCGAUGCCUUUCUCUCAGCCGCACAGCUUCGUGACACCAGCUCGUAAGCCGUCGUAUAUGGCCAUGCAUGAACGUUUCCGCCAGCUGCAAGGACAGGAAGCGCCUAUCCCCGAAGACGCUCUGGCCAACUACACACCAGCCGUACCACCAUCGCCCUAUCCGUUCCCCAUGGCCUCGGCCGCUCGCACCUCGAAGCUCACCGGAGGCAACAAGCCACUGCUGUAUCGACGCGAUCUGGAUCGAGCAAGGUCUGCAACACCAGGCGGUGGAAGCGUUGGAUCCGACAGUCGUCAGUCAGGAGGCAGCAAUGCCGUUCGAGAAAUGUCGGAGCGAGAAGCUUGGGACGAAAUGAUGGCCGCCGUCCAAAAAAGCGUCCGAAAAAAGCAGCCUGUAGUACCGGUGCCGGCGACGCCACACGUCCGGUCAGCUGCACGGGGAGGUGGCUUGCCUCGCUCGUCUACAGACCCACAACUAUCGGCUGCAAAGCCGACCGCGACACAGCCUCCAACACGCACGCAGCUGCAAGGUCCACCACAGACGUCCGAGCAUCAACCGCGGUCAAUCAGGAGAGCCUUGCAACCCUUGGCGGCUCCACAACAGGCGACUGGAUCAGACGACCAAGGGGAUCAUCUUCGAGACGGCAAAGCAGUGCCAAUAGCGCAGCCAGCUGCAUCGAUUCGGCAACGCAACUCGAGAGCCAAUCUGAUCGCCCCGCGAGCUACUUUCAAAAUCAUUCCACCGGAGUCUCCACAGAGCUCACCGCCUCAACUUCUUUUGCACGAGUCGCCUCGGCAGAGCCAUCUUGCACUCGACAUUGACAUGUACGAUUCGGAUGCAUCGGACGACUCGGUCACCGGCAGACGCCAUUUGCGACACAAAAAAAGCGCCCGACAGCUCCUCAUCCGCGCUCAAGAGCGCGGCACGCCUACCAAGCCGAAGCGUGCACAAAGUCCGCCGCUGACCGACGCCUUUGCAUCAGCGCCAUCCGUGGCAGCAGUUCUGGAAGCGGCGGGCGCUCGCAGCUCGCCGCCCAUCUUUCUGAGCGACCAAUCUGCUCGGUCUGGCCAUUCCUCCCGCGACGUUUCUUACGAACACAGCAUUGAGUUCGCUUCCGGUCCGGUUCGGACACGGACCGGCUCGUUGCAAAAGUCCGGCAAGGUGUCUCCUGAUAAUAGCGGCGAAGUUCUGUCGACGAGCCUAGGUAAGACCAUGGUGACUUUUGCGCCCAUGGCGUAUGUCCCCGUGUUAGGAGCAAUGCCGCCUUUGCGAGACGGCACUGCCAGCUCGGAUGGUCACGGCGACAUUCUUGGGUCUUCGCGCGACUCGAAUCGCUCGACUAGGACGAUUCGUCGCAAAGACAGCGGCGAGAUGCUUUCGCAGUACCGCAAGGCGAAAGGCAUGGGACGAGCCACCAGUAUGCUCUCGCUCAGCGACCGUGCCAAGGCCGAUGCAGAAGCUGCAGCGACUGCGCGACCGGGUACUGCCGUUUCAUCGUCACCGCCAUUGAGCGGCAGGGGCGAGGAGGACGACUUCAUUCUGGGCCAUGUCGAGAGCCGCAUGCACUUGAUGGCUCCCGGUGGCAGCUUACCUGCCCGCACCAUUCGUCGCUUUUCGAGCGUGCUGUCACUCAAAGAACGAGAGAAGGUGAGCAUCGAACGACCUUCAAGUCAAGACGGUGCUGCCAAGUCAAGUCGCGGAUUCGGACGGUUCCGCAGCCGCAUUACCUCGUCGACAUUGUGCGAAGAGCCGAACGAGGAGGUCGGCGGCCAAGGGGACGGGGGAGCAACGACGGACAAAGUUGCAGGAGGGAAGGGUGUCGGUGUAGUCGCGGACGGGCAGCAGGGCAAUCUUGCAUCGACGAGGCUCGGACGAAAAUUCGGGGACACGUUGCCGAGGUCGUUUGCGUUGAGGACGGCUUCGUCAACGACGGCGCUCGGCGGUCGCAAGAGCGUCCUGCCUCCCACGGUCGAGGCAGUGGGAGCGCAAGAAGUCGAUUCGCCCGCAAGCAAAGCCGACGUCAGCCUGAUGACGGGUCUGAACCACAGGCAUACCGCGCUGCAGGGGUCGUUGCUCGGAUUGGAGCAGCGUCUGGCUCGGCUCAAGGCUCGACUCGAAGAAUAG